AUGUGUACGCUGUCAUCCCUGAAGACAGGCCCCUCCACGGACAACGGACCCCGGUACCUACACCGUUCGCCUUUCCGUGAGCGUCCAAAUCUAGACUACGAGCAUCGUUUGUCUCGUGCUCUUCAUGACAUCGAGCAUCGCGAACAGAGCUCCCACAAGAGCGAGGAGACCCCGGGCACCAUUUGGCAGAUUUUUCUGGGGCAAGAGCCUACGCGCGAGCUUCGGGGUGAAGACUCGCUCACCUUUGAAGAACGCAAUUCCGAUUGGGAAUACAAGGUGAGGAAUGAUUUUGGGGAUCUGGAGAUGGUCAUUUCUCGUGACGUCUCUACAGGCCCACAUGACAGCUUGGCGUGCAUGCUGACCCUUACUCCUUCAUACCAGCUGAUAACAUCCGCAUGGGCGGAUGAGUUUAUUACUUCCACUUUGUCCUCAAUCCCUGGACUGGCAGACCUGUACUACUCCUAUCCUCACCAUGUGCUGCGUGCCGAUCUGCUGCGAUACCUCAUCCUCUGGUACUAUGGAGGCUAUUAUGCAGACAUGGAUGUUUUCCCUAAGCGCACCAUCAGAAAAUGCCCAUCGUUGCGAAACUCAGUCUUCAAUAUCAACCCACCAGACGUUUCUCUUGUCAUAGGGAUUGAAAUAGAUGAGCCCUUCGCUUCGCCCCAGAAGAUGCGCGAGUGGCAUUGGGUGCGAAGAUAUGGCUUCAUCCAGUACAAUAUCUAUGCGCCCCAUCGAUUCAGCCCGAUCCUCCGCGAGAUUAUUGUGCGCGUACUUUCUCAUACCCAGAGCCACAUUGACAAGAGCAGCAUUUUCAGAGGACCGCGAUACGAUGAGAAAUCUACCCUGGAAAUUACGGGCCCUGGCGUGUUUACUGAUACUGUCCUGGAUGUCUUGUCAGAUACUCUUCCAGCUACCCAUCGUCUUGUUUUAGCAUCUGUGAAUGCCGACCGUGGACUAGGAGACCUAAUCCCACCGGGAUCUAGAGAGCCUGUCCCCCGAGUGACAUGGGCUCCAUUUCAUCAGCUUCUCAACCCAUUAUGUGUGGAUGCGUCCGAGGCCAAACCUGGAUCGCACUUGGGUGGCUUGUGCGUCUUGCCCGUCAGCGCCUGGGGUAACGGUCAGAGGCACAGUGGUUCGGAGGGUUUCGGUAGUCAACGCGCUUGCAUAAACCAUCGUUUUGGUGGAACUUGGAAGCCAUGGAAGCAAAGCUGGAAAAAGUACCUGCUCGGAUGA